AUGCUCGACAGUGCUUCGUCCGUUUUAGCUCACAGGGUGCAGAAUGCUGCCUUGUUGCUUCUCAGCCUUGUUUUCCUUCCGUUUGAUACCUCAAUUCUCCUUUGUUCUCUCUUCGUACGCUUGAUCUUGCCGAAUCAUGCAGACCUUACCCGGCAACAUCAAUAUCACCAGUCGGAGUUCCAUCCUCGCAAGAUCCUUGUCACUGGGAUUGGCAUGACCAAGGGCCUGGCUCUGGCUAGACUGUUCUACGAGGCUGGCCAUGUCGUCAUUGGAGCAGACUUCGAGCCGAAUGGAGCUCUCGUUUGCGGAAGGGGAUCAAAAUCCCUUCGAAGGUUCUACCCUCUACGAAAACCCGAUCCGAAGACUGGCUCAGCGCCAUAUAUCCACAGUCUGCUUGGAAUCAUCACAAAGGAAAAGAUAGAAUUAUGGGUCAGUUGCUCUGGCGUGGCUUCGGCAGUCGAAGAUGGCAUGGCAAAGGAGAUUGUUGAAGGCCGGACGAAUUGCAAGGCUAUUCAAUUCGACGUUGAGACGACUCAGACCUUACACGAAAAGCAUACCUUUAUCGCCCAUACUAGAGACAUUGGUCUCACCGUUCCGGAAACACAUGAGAUCGCCAGUCGAGCAGAGGUCGAGAACAUUUUGCGCAAUGCUCCCGCUGGUCGCAAAUACAUCAUGAAGACGAUCGGGGUUGACGAUGCUGUUCGGGGGGAUAUGACUCUUCUUCCGAAAUCCACCCCGAUGGACACUUCCAAGCAUAUCGCCAAACUGAAAAUCUCGAAAGACUCACCCUGGAUUCUCCAGCAAUUCAUCAGUGGCAAAGAGUAUUGCACCCAUUCACUUGUGGUCAAUGGACAAGUCAAGGCUUUUGUCGCUUGCCCUUCGGCAGAAUUACUCAUGCACUAUGAAGGCUUGCCUCCCAAUUCUGUCCUUAGCCGAGCAAUGCUCGAUUUCACGAAGAAGUAUGCUGCGAUCGGCGGACCGGGGUUCACUGGUCAUCUGUCCUUCGACUUCAUGGUGUCGGACGACGAGACGGAGGAUCCUAGCAGCGUUACUCUUUAUCCCAUCGAAUGCAAUCCACGAGCACACACCGCUGUGGCACUGUUCAAUGGCACCACGGCAUUAGUCGACGGCUAUCUGUCCGUACUCGGUAAACUUCCAGCAUCGAAAACCCCCUCCGUGGUAGUGCCUUUACGAAACGACAAGUAUUAUUGGAUCGGCCACGACCUGGUCACUCGAGCAAUUCUACCCACUAUGUCUUUCCUGACUUUCGGCAUAUCCUUCCUUGACCUCAUCCGCAAUCAUGUCACUUUCAUACGCCAUCUUUUAACCUGGAAAGAUGGAACAUACGAAUUUUGGGAUCCGUUGCCCUGGUGGUGGCUAUACCAUGUCUACUGGCCAAUGCAAUUCCUCUCUUGUAUCCGGACCGGCCAAAAAUGGAGUCGCAUCAAUGUUAGUACCACCAAGAUGUUUCACUGCUAAGAGGAGGAAUGGCGAUUGCUGUCUUUCGAAUAGGAUUGACUCAAUCACGACUAAUGGGC